CAAUAAUUGUCUGUGAUACCUGACUCCACAAACACUUUUCUUCUUUUCACGCAGUUGUCAGAUUCGAAAACGAACGACUGUUGUGCGAUACACUGAAGAAAAAUCUUUUUUUGCAACGAAAAUUUAGAUUUAGACAGUGAAUCUUCUGCGAAAAUUGUCCAAUAAACGCGGCUGCUUGUCAUAACUCACUUUAGGGGUGUGUUAAUCGGAAAAAAAUAUUGGAAAAACAAACGAUUUGAUAUAUUUGAUCGGAUAUAAGCGACUUUUAAGUACAGAAUGAAAUUAUUUUAAGUAACAAUGAAAUUAUAGUGAUCGAAAGACCAAUGAACGAACGAAUGAAUCAACGAACAAAGAUGUAGCAAAAGAAUAGGGGAGCAGGUGGGAAACGCUCGGAACGAUUCUCAAGUGACAAGUCCAUGUACUGAAUUACACGGUUUACUACCGAAUCAUUUUGACCUACAUACAUCUGAUACCAACGAUGAUCGUCGUCGCCCAGAGCAUUUGGAAUCAGUGUAUAGUAUACAUAUACAUAUGUAAUAAAAAUAUAGAUGAUAGGUAAGUACGUACGAUUGGGCGUUAUAUCCUUUUUCUACCCACUAGUUCUAUAUACUUUCUUCUUUUCUUUUCUUUUCUUUUCUUUUCUUUUUCUGAUUGUAUUAUCGAAACUAAUAAAAAAUGGUCGAUUGGACACACGUUCGGAUGGAAUACAUUUAUCAUAAUCAUAGCGAUAAUUUGUUUAACUGGUUAACAAGUAUUAAGAGCACAAGUAACCGAAUAAGGUUCGAAAUUAGUAUUCGCUCGACCAUUUUCUUAUCCUUUUCCAUAAAUUUGCAUCAGUGUACUAUGUAUUAGGGUAAUAUAUUGUUGUACUAGGAGGAAGUAGGUAAAGAUUAACUGGGAAGAAACACUGUUUUCCUAUCAAUCUUUGUCGUUUACGUUAAAUCAUUUCACUCCAUACCAAAUUGAAAUAGAAUAAUCCUAUCGUUGAUCAAACACCGAUCGAUUCUUUUAAACGAAUCGAAAAUUUCUUCGAUGCUAGAAAAAGAAAUGUUUCCUAGAUCAACGGAAAUUAUCCUGCAUAUCGGUUACGUUCAAGUUUUACAAAGUAAUGUUUGAUAAGAUAAGGAUAAGCACAAGUCUAGCGUAUAAUAAGUACGGUCGGUACGGUAUAUGUACUCGUAUGUAUGUAGACAUAUAAAAAGGCAUAGGUAAAAAUACGGUGACCGUAUCGCGGCAAAGUUUUUAGUGUUCCUUUUGAUUCGUACCUAAUUGGAAACUCUGUACAAAUUGAAUUGCUCGAUUGUCUUUUACGUUUACGUAAAAAUGCAUUGGUUGAAAAGUAAUGAAAUGGUAGCUACGUUUAUCUUGUAUAUUGCAUCGAUGGAAAUUCUAACGAUUUCGAUAGCGAUCGAUCCCGAUUUUGAACGAGCCAUUCCACCGACGCCAAAGUUUCAAGGCACAUUUGACGAAAGUCAUGCGCACGAAAUCAUCGCGGAUCGUAUCAGAUCUUGGACGGAGCAAGAGAAACAGCAUCUUUGGGAACUGAGUGGUUUGUACGAAGGGGACAUAAUGUUGGUCGAAGGAAAAGAUUUAUCGAAGAACGGACUGGUGAAUAGCGCGUUUCGUUGGCCUGCAGGAAUCGUACCUUAUUACAUCAAGGAAGAAGAUUUCGAUCAAGAGGAUAUCGAUUUGAUCGAAGCCGCCAUAAAGGAAUAUCAUGAGAGUACUUGCAUACGUUUCCGGCCUUUUAAAAAAACCGACAACGAUUACAUUAGUAUAGAAGGAAAAAUGUCGGGUUGUUGGUCGUUGGUUGGACGACACGUUCGUGGACAGGUAGUGAAUCUACAAAAUCCGGGCUGCGUAAAACACGGUGUGAUCGUUCACGAGUUGAUGCACGCGGUGGGAUUUUAUCAUCAACAGAGUGCCGCGGAUCGUGACGAAUGGGUAACGAUCAAUUGGGAAAACGUAAAAUCAGGUAAAGAGCACAAUUUCAACAAAUAUGACAACCGCACCGUCACGGAUUAUGGAAUCGGCUACGAUUACACGAGUGUGAUGCAUUACAGUUCUCAUGCGUUCUCGAAAAACGGCGAACCAACCAUUACACCAAAAGUAAGUAGGUACAUACACGUGUACUCUUCUAUCCAUCCAUUCAUUCUUUCUACUUUUCUUAUUAUUAUUUACAUAUCCUAUUGUACGGAUUUAUAUUGCGUAGAAGAAAGAAAUCAAACUUGGACAGCGAAAAGGACUCAGUGGAAAGGAUAUAUUAAAGUUGCAAGAAAUGUAUAAAAAGGAAUGCGGUGAUCGAGAUGGCGAAGGAACGACGAGUAAGGAUGACUCCUCGGACGACAUAUCCAUUGACUGGAUAUUUCAUUAGUUGUAA